AUGCGGCGCGCUUUCAGGCUCCUCCGCCCAACGGCGCCCAUCCGCUGCGUGCAGCCGGCAGCCCUGCGACCGACGCGCGUGCUGCGCAUCCCCCCGCAAUUGGCCCGCCUGAUUGUUGCUGGUGGCCUGCUGUUGUUUCAGGCCUUCGUGGUUGCCCACAAUCGUGAGGCGGAGAAGCUUCGAGAGGACGCGGCCAGCGGCGGCGACGGCGGCGGCACGGCCGUGAUGUCCUCCUCCGAGGCGCUGCAUAUUCUCGGGCUGGACGCCGGCCUUCGCGUUCCGCUCCAGUCAGAACAGGACCGCGCGGAGGCGACGCGGCGCUUCAAGCACUUGUUUGCCAUUGCGAAGCAGAGCGGAAACGUGUACCUGCAGGGGAAGUUUAGCGCGGCCUAUAGGAUCUGCGUUGACGCGAAUUGGGAUGCAGACGAUGGCGCUUGCGGCGACAGCGGCAUUGACGCCGGCGGCGGCGGCGACGACGUCGCAAAGGGUUGA